AUGGAUCGGAAGCGAUUCCUAUCCCUCCCACCGAGCCCAAGUACAGGCUCAGUCCCCAACUACUCCAAACCGUCAGCUCAGAAACGACAAAGAAGAUCAUUAGCAGGCAUCCACAGCCUCAGGCCAAUCGACCCUCUACUAAAUACUAGAGACUUGUCAAAUAUCCCAUCUAUCCGUCAGGAUUCUUUUAGUCGGCCACGGACCCCAUGUGCCAAACCACCUUUGGAGAAACAACCUCCCCGACGAGGACCAGUCGACAUCCAGUUUAAAGAUACUCAGUCCAAGGUUGGGAAUGGCGGGUCAUCUCGUUGUCAACGUCUAGAGCCGGUUCCAGGACAUACGAGAAGUCGUUCAAACGAGGCCAGGUCAAUCAAACUAGAUGUUCCUCCACCUUUGCGAGAACCCUCUUUAAAGAAAGCCCGACAAGACGGGUCUCGCGGCUACCAGGGAGAAGGUCAAAACCGGACUGAAAAUCGGACCUUUGGCUACGGUUCGUAUAAUGGUUACAACGGCCAUAGAACCGUUGCGGGAGGGAUAAGUGUAGGUAAUUGGAAUGGACACCAGAAUAGUGGUCCGGUUCUAGGCCAGAGGCUACUAGAGGGGAACCAACAUAGGUCCCGGCCUGUUGUCUUUCACCCAGAACCUCAUAAUCAAGCCUCACAGGACCCAGCACAUAUCAAUGACCAGCCUUCCACCAUCACCCGUACCAUCCAGGUACCUAGACAUCACUGCGAAUGUCAGUAUUGUCAAGAAGCGCAGCGAGUGACACUUGACCAACAGGCGUAUCCCCAGCAGCAGGAACAAAGUGGUUACCCAUCAAACCAAGAACAGGAUGCUACGCACAAGGAUCAUCCAGUGCCGUUAGAUUCGCUUGAUCAUAGUAUUAAAGGUGAUAUCAAUCGACAAGGUUACUACUUGUACAUCCCGCCAUCCAAAAAUAAUAGUACGUCGUGGGAUUCAAGGAUGGACCGGAUCGAAAACGAGAAUUCAAGUCGUGGCUUUAUUGCCCCUAGACGUGAGCCUAGGCCCCGGGGGAAGAAAGAGAUUAUCAGUGUUUCUCCGAUGAAGCGAUUCGGAUGGGAUCAUGUGAUCAAUGGAAUGCAAAAUAUCGCAGAUCGGCUUUCUAAUGUGAAAAACCCCGGGUUAAAAGAUAACAGCGCAGAUUUGCGAGUCGCAAGUGAGCAGCACGACAAUGGUGAACUGUUGGGCCAGUUUGGAAGAGGGAUAGGCUAUCCGAACAGUCAGCAGCUGGGAAGAGGAACGGGGACCGGAGGGCCGCCGAGACACUAUGAUCUACAGUGA